AUGCAGACAUCAGAGACCGGGUCGGACACAGGUUCGACAGUGACUUUACAGACAUCUGUGGCCAGUCAAGCAGCAGUGCCUACCCAGGUGGUGCAGCAAGUACCCGUGCAACAACAGGUACAGCAGGUGCAGACUGUGCAGCAGGUCCAACAUGUCUACCCAGCUCAGGUGCAGUAUGUGGAAGGAAGUGAUACUGUCUAUACCAACGGAGCGAUCCGGACAACAACUUAUCCUUACACGGAAACGCAGAUGUACAGCCAAAACACUGGAGGGAAUUACUUUGAUACUCAAGGGAGUUCUGCACAGGUGACUACCGUGGUUUCGUCCCACAGCAUGGUGGGCACUGGUGGGAUUCAGAUGGGCGUCACGGGAGGACAACUCAUCAGCAGCUCUGGAGGAACCUAUCUCAUCGGCAAUUCAAUGGAGAACUCCGGUCACUCAGUGACACAUACCACUCGGGCCUCUCCAGCGACAAUUGAAAUGGCGAUUGAGACGCUGCAAAAGUCUGACGGUCUGUCCACUCACAGAAGCUCUCUCCUCAACAGCCAUCUCCAGUGGCUAUUGGACAAUUACGAGACUGCAGAAGGAGUGAGCCUUCCCAGAAGCACGUUGUACAACCACUACCUACGACAUUGUCAGGAACACAAACUGGACCCAGUCAAUGCUGCUUCUUUUGGAAAACUAAUAAGGUCAAUUUUUAUGGGAUUACGAACCAGGAGAUUGGGAACUAGAGGAAACUCCAAGUACCAUUACUAUGGGAUUCGUGUCAAGCCAGAUUCCCCUCUGAAUCGUCUGCAAGAAGACAUGCAGUAUAUGGCUAUGAGGCAGCAGCCCAUGCAACAGAAACAAAGGUACAAGCCUAUGCAGAAGGUGGAUGGGGUUGCAGAUGGUUUCACAGGAAGUGGUCAACAGACCGGCACAUCUGUUGAGCAAACUGUAAUAGCCCAAAGUCAACAUCAUCAACAGUUUUUAGAUGCAUCUCGAGCACUUCCAGAGUUUGGAGAAGUUGAAAUCUCUUCUCUGCCAGAUGGUACUACCUUUGAGGAUAUCAAGUCACUGCAGAGUCUUUAUCGAGAGCACUGUGAGGCAAUAUUGGACGUUGUUGUGAAUCUUCAGUUUAGCCUGAUAGAAAAACUGUGGCAAACAUUCUGGCGCUAUUCUCCCUCGACUCCGACUGACGGCACUACCGUCACCGAAUCAAGCAAUCUGAGUGAAAUAGAAAGUCGACUUCCGAAAGCAAAGCUGAUAACUCUGUGCAAACAUGAGUCUAUCCUGAAAUGGAUGUGUAACUGUGACCAUGGGAUGUACCAGGCUUUGGUGGAGAUUCUCAUCCCCGACGUGCUUAGACCUAUUCCUAGUGCCUUGACCCAAGCCAUUCGAAAUUUUGCAAAAAGCCUUGAAGGUUGGCUUUCCAAUGCCAUGAACAAUAUCCCACAGAGAAUGAUACAAACCAAGGUUGCAGCUGUAAGUGCCUUUGCCCAGACUCUGCGAAGAUACACAUCGCUCAAUCACCUGGCCCAGGCAGCUCGUGCAGUGCUCCAGAACACGUCCCAGAUCAACCAGAUGCUCAAUGACCUCAACCGCGUCGACUUUGCCAAUGUCCAGGAGCAGGCUUCUUGGGUUUGCCAAUGUGAUGACAACAUGGUUCAGAGACUAGAGACAGACUUCAAGAUGACCCUCCAGCAGCAGAGCACCCUGGAACAGUGGGCCGCAUGGCUUGACAACGUGAUGAUGCAGGCGCUAAAGCCCUACGAGGGAAGGCCCAGUUUUCCUAAAGCUGCCAGGCAAUUCCUGCUAAAAUGGUCUUUCUACAGCUCAAUGGUUAUUCGGGACUUAACCUUACGCAGCGCCGCCAGCUUUGGCUCCUUCCACCUGAUCCGUCUGCUCUACGAUGAGUAUAUGUUCUACUUGGUAGAACAUCGUGUUGCUCAGGCAACGGGAGAGACACCCAUAGCAGUCAUGGGCGAGACAUACCUUGUAGAUGAAAAAAAUACUCCUAUCAUGGAACUCUUUAUAAGCAAACUUCUGAAUUUUGGUGAUUUAAAUGCUGUUUCUCCUGGAAAUCUGGAUAAAGACGAAGGCAGCGAAGUGGAAAGCGAAAUGGAUGAAGAACUGGAUGACUCUUCGGAACCGCAAGCCAAAAGAGAAAAGACGGAGCUGAACCAGGCGUUUCCGGUGGGCUGCAUGACGCAGGUGCUGGAGAGCGGCGUGCAGCCCAGCCUCCUGAAUCCCAUCCACAGCGAGCACAUCGUCACGAGUACUCAGACUAUCAGGCAGUGCAGCACCACCGGAAACACCUAUACUGCGGUCUAA